CUCCUUCCCUCCCUCAUGGAGCCGCACGGGCCCGGCAGCGUCCUCUUCGGCUGCGAGCUGAGCAGCAGCACCAAAUCCUACACGUUUAAGGUGGAUGAGGAGGAUGACUCCGACCACAUCCUGGCUCUGUCUGUGGUUUGCCUCACGGACGGUGCCAAGGAUGAGUGCAACGUGGUGGAGGUUGUCGGGCGAAACCACGAGAACCAGGAGAUCGCGGUGCCGGUGGCGAAUCUGAGGUUGUCGUGCCAGCCCUUGCUGAGUCUGGACAACUUCCAGCUGCAGCCUCCGGUGACUUUCCGCCUGGCCGCGGGCUCUGGCCCCGUGCACGUUGCCGGCUGGCACCAGAUCAUGCAGAGGGAUGAUGACUCCUUUGAGGAGGAAGACGACAUGUCUGAGGAUGAGAUUGCUCCCAUCAUGCCAGCCAAGAAGCAGCGAGGGAAGCAGUAGCGGGUCUCCUGGCAAGGUACUUGCUGGGACUCCUAGGACGACUUUUACCUCGGACACCUCUUUCCUGGACCUCAACUUUUGCUGCUUUCUCAUGUACCUUUUUGAGGGGUGAGGUGCAGGAGCUACUCCCAGCAAUGGGUGGCUCCUCUCCCACGGCCCUGGAAAGUUGAUCCCAAAAUGGGGUUGGUGCUGCUGGUCUCUCCCCUCUCCCCCGUCUCUGGAGCCAGGGAUGGUGGAGGGGGUCCUUGUCCUGUGCCUUUUCACUGUCCUGCACCUCUGCUCCGUGCACCUCUCUUCCUGGCUCCAAGACACCCUCUCCUGGCCCUGUCCCCAGGGCCUGAUGCACAGCCAGAGGUGGGGGAUAGUUUCACUGAGAAUACCUUCAGUUUGCUUUUCU